GCCGCUCCCCGCCGUCCCCGCCGCCCCGGGGACGCAGGCCCGAGAAAGUUUGUGCGGGCGAGUGCGGGCCGGGUGCGGAGGGCGCGCCCGGGAGCGCAGCGAGACCGCGCGCCCCAGCCCGCCCGGAGGGAGAGCCCCGAGCCCAGGCGGCGGCGGCCGAGCCCCGAGCCCGCGCCCCCGGCCCGCGCCCCCCGCCCGCCAUGGGCGCCGCGGCCCGCAGCCUGCGGCUCGCGCUCGGCCUCCUGCUCCUGGGGACGCUGCUCCGCCGGGCCGACGCCUGCAGCUGCUCCCCGGUGCACCCGCAACAGGCAUUUUGCAAUGCAGAUGUAGUGAUCAGGGCCAAGGUGGUCAGUCACAAGGAGGUGGGCUCCGGGAAUGACAUCUACGGGAACCCCAUCAAGAGGGUCGAGUAUGAGAUCAAGCAGAUAAAGAUGUUCAAAGGACCCGAAAAGGACAUUGAGUUUAUCUACACAGCGCCCUCGUCCGCCAUCUGCGGGGUCUCGCUGGACGUUGGAGGGAAGAAGGAGUAUCUCAUCGCAGGAAAGGCCGAGGGGAACGGCAAGAUGCACGUCACCCUCUGUGACUUCAUCGUGCCCUGGGACACCCUGAGCACCACCCAGAAGAAGAGCCUGAACCACAGGUACCAGAUGGGCUGUGAGUGCAAGAUCACGCGCUGCCCCAUGAUCCCCUGCUACAUCUCCUCCGUGGACGAGUGCCUGUGGAUGGACUGGGUCACGGAGAAGAGCAUCAACGGGCACCAGGCCAAGUUCUUCGCCUGCAUCAAGAGAAAUGACGGCUCCUGCGCGUGGUACCGUGGAGCGGCGCCCCCCAAGCAGGAGUUUCUCGACAUCGAGGACCCGUAAGCAGGCCGACAGCACCCCUUGGCCGACGGAGAAGCCUCCAAGAGUGUAGACUGGUCCAGCUCUGACAUCCCUUCCUGGAAAUAGCAUGAAUAAAACAGUCAUCCGAGUGGGUCUAAAUUAGUGUCUUUCUCCUCCCCGCCCCGCCUUCCCUUUAAACGUGGCUGCAGUUCUGGAGGGAGAGGUCGGUCCCACACCCGCCAGCCUGGGUCCGUGCAUCUGACUCGACCCUGGGCUGCCGGCAGGGGUAGGACUCGGGCCUCCCUCCCAGGCCCAGCCUUGGCACUGUCACAAACGCUGAGGGGCAUCACCUAGGGGCACCCCCUGGCCUGGUCAGGGCAGAGCCUGGAAAUGUGCAUUUUGCAGAAACUUGAGGGUCGUUGCAAGACUGUGUAGCAGGCCUACCAGGUCCCUUCAUCUUGACAGGAGCAUGUCCCUCGUUUCCUGCAGCUUCCACCCCUCGGCCCUGGGUGUCAGACCCUCCCCCCACUGGCUCCCCUGAGCUGACCACUGACUCCCAGAUUCCAGGAGCAGCUUGUUCUGAAGGAGCCUCAUCGCUCUUACUGACCCACAGAGCCCCAGUGGGAGCCCCGCUCCAGGGCCGUGGCGAUGGGGCAGUACCGGCUUCAGCCUCCACCAAGUCCCUGAUUCCCCCGCACACACAUCCCCCAGCCCUUAGGGAACGUGAGACACUCUGCCCUGAGGACAGACACUGGGGGGACACUUGGCUGCCCUUGUGGCUCAUUCUUGGGCUUCUGAAGUCCCUCACACUCCUCAUCCUGGCAUCAGCAUCUAGACAGGGUUGCACGGAUUGGCUUUGCAGGACGUCGCGUGUGGCGAGUGGCAUGAGCUAGCUGUGUGCGCUGUGUGCACGGUCUGGGGACAGCAAAAGUUGGGUCCCGUCCUGCGAAGGUUUAGUAAUAUCCUCCCUCCCCCAAGACUGACAGUGCCUGUGCUGUGCCUGGAUUUCUGCGGGGGGAGUUAACUAAGUGUCUUAUGAAGCCUUACCUAGGGAGGGACGCAUUUUGGUGGCAGGUGGCUUUGGAGAAACUGAUUCUCUCUGGGCCUCCAGGACACUGUUGCCGGCUUUCAGCGACAUCUCAUUUUUCUAAAGAUGAAUUCUCUGAUGGUGUAUGUUCACCCAAGCUGCAGGUGUACCCACCUCUGGUGAUAGUUCUUACAUUAUGAAGAUGUCUCCAAAUCUCAUUCUUGGGGCACUAAUGAUCCUAUUUGUUCUCCAAAAGUGGUUUUCUGAUGCCGGCAGAAUGGGGGUUAACACAGGCAGACAUUUCUCAAUAAGAACAAAUAUAGUCUCCCUUUUAACCCUAUUUGUUUCAUGCACAUUAUGUAAACACAUGCAUAUAAGCACACGUGCACACGCACACACACCGCGACACGGAGGUCUCCCGGCCUGUGCGUGGUCCUGCAAAAUGUUUCCAAAGUCACCGACUUCCAAGCCUGCUCUAUUCUGCGGUGAUCUCAAAGCACCUGUAAGACCCCUGACCCCCAAGUGGCAUGCAGCCCCCAUGCCCCCCCGGGACCUGGUCAGCAUAGACUUUGAUGACUUCCCUUUCCAGGGCAGAGCGGAACAUCCAGAACCAGCCCCGCCCAAGGGCGCUUUCAUGCUGUACAGUGAUAAAGUCUGAGGUGUCGUAAUGGACCAGUCCAUGUAAUUUCAGUAUAUACAAGAACACCAGACCCUCCGAUCAAUAUAACACCCCUCCCCGUCCGCUUCCUGUAUGGUGUUAUCAUAUGUAACAUUUACUCCUGUUUCUGCAGACUUUUCAGUGUUCUGGUUUGUUUCUGACAUCAGUUGUAAUCACUCCUGUGCUGUGUUUUUUAUUACCCUUGGUAGGUGUUAGACUUGCACUUUUUUUUUUAGAGGUUUCUGCAUCGUGGAAGCAUUUGACCCAGAGUGGAAAGCGUGGCCUGUCCUAGCCGUGGCCAGGGGCGGUGGUUCCUUCCGCGCUCAUCCUUGUUCUUUGAGUAUGGUUACUGUUUCCGCCUCCCAUCUUUUCUCUGGUUCAAACUGUUACAAAGUGUAAAGGAUCUGAGUCUGUUGGUAAAGCAUGGCCUUUAUAUUUAAUCCACACACGUUCUGUUAGCCAUGCCUAACAGGAAAAAAAAACCACGAGGACGUGCCCAGUGGCAUCCAAGAGAGAGCCACGCAAACACCUUCACGGUCAAUAACUGCAGUUUGCAUACGGUUUAAGAAGGCUCCCAUCGGCAUUGUUAAUUUAUGUUAUAUUCUAAGCACUGCUCUUCCCUCUCUUGUCUUCAUGCAGGCGACUCGAACUAUUUAAAAGUUUACAUUGUAGUGAUUUUCAAAUCUUUGCUUGAUACGCAAGAAGAAAUAUCAGACUUGCUGCCAUAAUUUAAAGCUUUGUUGGUUUUGUUUGUUUUUGUUGGAUUUUUUUUUUUUUU